AUGAAACUAGUUAUUUUUUCUGUGUGUCUGCUUGGGACUUUUCUGCCUGCGUUGACUCAGUGCACCUCUGAGUUUCACCUGAACGGGGAUUACAUAUUAGGUGGACUUUUUGAUAUUCAUUAUGCCAAUGAUGUCAAUUAUCAUGACCGACCCGUAGCCAUCGACUGCUCAAGACAACCCUUUAGUCCGUCAAAUUACCGGAGGUUUCAGAUGAUGAGAUUCUCAGUAGAGGAGAUCAAUAACUCCAGCAGCUUACUUCCAAAUGUAUCUCUUGGCUAUGAGAUAAUUGACUACUGCUCAGAUAUACGCAAUUUCCCUGCUAUUUUCAAACUGCUCUCAGUCAAUGGCUUGAUCAGACCUUGGUCUGAACCAGACCAAUAUUUGUCUAAAUUGAUAGCAAUGGUCGGCCCUUUCACCAGCACUCAGGCCCUGACUGUGGCCCCGUUUUUUAUGUCUGAUCUCAUUCCGAUGGUCAACUAUGGAUCUUCAAGCUCUGUUUUUUCAAACAAAGUUAAAUUCCCGUCUUUCUUACGAACGGUGCAUCCCAGUUCAGAUCUCAUAGAAGUAAUGGUGGCCAUCGUGCAACACUUCAACUGGAAAUGGGUUGCUUUCAUAAUCAGUGAUGAUGAUUACGGCAAAGACGGCCUGGAAUUGUUCGUGAAGAAGAUCAGGGACACUGAGAUCUGCCUGGCAUACACCAAAAGCCUCAGUACCAACACAAACUACUCCGAGAUGUUCCAAACCAUUGAGCUACAGAAGAUACGAGUCCUUAUUGUUUUUGCUUCCCAAGUGGCAGCUGUAGACCUUGUGAAGUCGGCAAUUCAACUGAAUAUUACCAACAUGGUGUGGGUGGCGGGCGACACCUGGUCCUUAAACAAUCACCUCCAGAACAUGGAGGGGAUUGAAAAUAUUGGAACUGUUCUCGGAGUGACUCAGCCAAUUUCAUUAAUACCUGGUUUCGGUGAUUAUAUCCGCUCUUCUAAAAGCCAGCAAGAGUGUGAAAACGAUGGGCAGCAGAGCUUCUGUAAUCAGGUUUGCAACUGCAGCCACUGGACUUCCCAGGAUAUCAUCAAUGCAGAUCCCUCUUUCUCGUUCUCUGUUUACUCUGCUGUAUAUGCCAUCGCGCACGCCUUGCACAAAACUUUACAAUGUGGUGAAAGUGGAUGUCAUAAUAUUACAGUGUAUCCAGACAAGGUUCUGGCAGAGCUGGAGAAGUCCAAUUUUACACUGUUAAACAUGACCAUACGCUUUGAUGAGAAAGGCGACCUCCAACUUGAAGAGUACCCUUUAGUCUUCUGGAACCACAGCGGCGAAGCACAGAUGUUUGGAUUUUACAGAUUUCACCCAACAGUUGAACUUUCCAUCAACAGGACCAAAAUUCGGUGGCACAAAGAUGGAGAAGUUCCUAGUGCAUUAUGUUCCCCAGAAUGUUUGGAAGGAUAUGCAAGACGGCAAAAUUCAGUCCACAGAUGCUGUUUCACAUGUAAAAUCUGUCCAAGUGGAACUUACGUCAAUGUUACAGAGGAUCCCUUCAGUUGCAAGAGCUGCUUGGAAACAGAGUGGUCUGCAGAAGGAAGCACAUCCUGCAUCCUGCGGCUGGUGGAGUACAUACCAUUCACACAUACCAGCUCCAUCCUGGUCAUGAUCGUGACCUGCGUCCUGGUGGGAGUCACCGCAGCCACCUCGGUCCUCUUUGUCAUCAACUACAACACACCUGUGGUCAGAUCUGCCGGAGGACCAAUGUGCCUCCUUAUUUUAGUCUGCUUCGGUCUCUCUAGUUUGAGUGUGUUCUUUUACUUUGGAAAGCCCACACCUGCUUCGUGUGUCUUAAGGUACUUCCCAUUUCUGCUGUUCUACACCGUCUGUCUGGCGUGUUUUGUUGUGCGUUCUUUCCAGAUUGUUUGUAUUUUUAAAAUAUCUGCAAAGUUCCCCAAACUCCUCGACUGGUGGAGGAAAUAUAACGGACAAUGGGUGGUCAUCACUGCGGCAUUCAUCAUUCAGGCUGUCUUACUCAUAACGUCCUUUUCUAUCGACCCCCCGAGACCCUACAAUGAAACAGCGUGGUACCAAGAUCAAAUCGUGCUAUUCUGUUCCUUGAAUGUUAAAGCAACCUGUUGUUCUAUCCUCUUACUUUUACUAUUAGGUCUUCUUUGUUUUAUUUUCUCCUACAUGGGAAAAGAUCUCCCAAAAAAUUACAAUGAGGCCAAAUCAAUAACUUUCUGCCUCCUCCUGCUGAUCCUCACCUGGAUCAUCUUUGUCACUGUGUACACGCUUUACCAUGGAAAGUACAUCCAGAUGCUUAACGCUCUGGCAGUACUUUCCAGUCUCUCCUGUUUUCUGUUGUGGUAUUUCCUCCCAAAAUGUUACAUCAUUGCUUUUCAACCUCAGAAAAACACACAGCAGCACUUCCAGGGUCUCAUUCAGGAUUAUACCAAAACAAUCAGCCAGUAG